AUGUGUGUCCCCCCCGUCCCCCCCCCAGCCUUCACCUUCUUCGACCCCAACGAUGCUGCGUGCCGGGAGAUCCUGCUGGACCCCAGCACCACGGUGCCGCAGCUCUUCGCCAUCCUGCGCCAGUGGGUGCCCCAGGUGCAGCACAACGUGGACCUCAUCGGCAACGAGAUCCUGCGCCGCGGCUGCCACGUGAACGACCGUGACGGCCUGACGGACAUGACACUCCUGCACUACGCCUGCAAGGCCGGGGCCCACGGCGUGGGGGACCCCGCGGCCGCCGUCCGCCUGUCCACGCGGCUGCUGGCGCUGGGGGGCGACGUGACGCUGCGCAGCCGCUGGACCCACAUGAACGCCCUACACUACGCCGCCUACUUCGACGUCCCCGAGCUCAUCCGCACCCUGCUGCGGGCAGCAGCGCCCCGAGUCCUGCACUCCACCUGCAGUGACUUCAGCCACGGCACCGCGCUGCACAUCGCCGCCUCCAACCUCUGCCUGGGCGCCGUGCGCUGCCUCCUGGAGCACGGCGCCGACCCCGCCAUGCGGAACAGCAAGGGUCAGGUGGCGGCGGAGGUGGUCCCGGACCCCACGGACAUGGCCCUGGACAAGGCGGAGGCGGCGUUGGUGGCCCGGGAGCUGCGGCGGCUGCUGGAGGAAGCGGUGCCCCUGAGCUGCAGCCUGCCCAGGGUCACCCUGCCCAACUACGAUAACCUGCCCGGGAACAGCGUCCUGCUCUGCCUCGGCAUGCAGCUGGGGGACAGAGUGAGGCUGCAGGGGGGAAAGGUGGGGACGCUGCGGUUCUGCGGCACCACGGCCUUCGCGAGCGGGCAGUGGGCGGGGGUGGAGCUGGACGAGCCCGAGGGCAAGAACGACGGCAGCGUGGGGGGGGUCCGGUACUUCAUCUGCCCCCCCAAGCAGGGCAUCUUCGCCUCCGUCUCCAAGAUCUCCAAGGCUGAGGAGCCCCCCCCGGCGCCGUCUCCCCCUCGCAGCCCCCCGGAAGCCCCGGCCCGAGGCUCCCACAAGGCCCAAAAGGACAAGAGAGGUGCCCCAGACCCACAUAGACCCAUAGA